AUGGAUACUCCUUUUGUUGGUAUUGAUCUUGGUACAACAUAUUCUUCUAUAGCUAUUUAUAAUCCAGAUAAAAAGACUACUGAAGUUCUUCAAAUUGGUGCUGACCAAUCAAUUCCUUCUUGUGUAUUUUUCGGAUCCACUCGAGAAUAUGGUAGUACUGCCAAAAAGCAGCUAGAAAUGCAUCCAAAAGCUGUUGCAUUUGACUCCAAGCGUAUGAUCGGGCAGACAUUCAAUGAAAUUGAACAACAAAAUUUUAAUUGGCCAUUUGGCAUUAAAAAAUCCGCUGAUAAUGACAUCGAUAUUGUAUUAGAAUACGAAGAUACAGAAACUAUAGUUAAACCUCUUGAAGUUUCAGCCGAAGUCUUAAAAUAUUUGCGAAUUCAGGCACAGGAGAAGAUAAACUUAAAGUGA